GUGAAUGUCAUUGCUUGAUGCUGCCAUCCACUAUCCGUAUUCCUAUUCUGGGUCAUGCUCCGUACCUAAAUACAAGGUAGGCAUGUACUCGUAGCAGCCUAUGCUCCGAAAAGCGCCUCUGACCGAAUCGCCUUCACAAGACCACCGACCCGGCCAAUCUAUGCCCUCAUUCAGAGCUCAACUUCAAACUAGCCCCUGGAGCUCUCGGGGUCGCUGGAGUCCCUGUCGCCCCUGCCGCCUCUGGCGACUCCGGAACCACCGGAGAUGCAAAGCAGCAGGACGCUGUGUCCGAACGACCGUUGAGAAGCCUCGGGCGUCCCAGGGGAACCGGACAGGGCGUAGCCGGCUGAUAUCCCGGCUGAGCUGGACUCGACUCAGCCAAGACUUCUCUGUAGGUCGCGACUAUCUCGCUCAUCGUCAUCCGCAGCAGUCUGGGUGUUGAGGAAGGUGACAUGCCCGAGAAACUCGACGGUGUCUUAUGCAUACUAGUAACCGCACCGCUCUCUUUGCCACCACCGCC